UGCUUCACAGAAGAAAAAAGAUCUAUGAAACAACUCGGAAAGAGGACGGCGAGGCGAGAUGCAGGUCAGCUUGCCUUCAGGUCAUGGACUUGGAGUUUUUUUUUUCUCGUUCACUCAUGCAGCUCCGGAGACCUAACCCCACGAAACCAUUUGUGUGUCUCUCCCGGUUCCGGUUCCAAACCCUUUCAGCCGCCACCCACUACUCUAGUUACCCCACGUACUCUAGGUAAACCCUAGUGCGCGUUUGAUAGGAAAACACCCGGAAAUUCAAAGUCAUCCCGCCAAGGCAUCGCUAUCUUCUUCUCCUUCCUCGUCUUCGUCCUCUUUCUUGCACACGCAUUCAAUCUUCUCUGUCUACGGUUCUCCAAGUUCCUCACAGCUAGCGAAAAUGUUGUCGACUGCCAGAACUGUUGUCGGAAAGUCGGCGAGGACCUCUGCCCUGAAGAUGGUCGCUGCGUCCAGAUCCGUGAGCACUUGGAGUCAGGUUCCCCAGGGUCCUCCGGUAUGUAUCACUGAGGCAUUCAAGGCCGACAAAUUUGAGAAGAAGAUCAACCUCGGUGUCGGCGCCUACCGUGACGACAACGGCAAGCCAUACGUCCUGCCUUCGGUUCGUGCCGCCGAGAAGCGCAUCGUAGACAAGGUUCUCGACAAGGAGUACGCUGGCAUCACCGGUGUACCUGCUUUCACCAAGGCCGCCGCCGUCCUCGCAUACGGACAGAACAGCCCAAUCCUCGACAACGUAGCAAUCACCCAGUCCAUCUCCGGAACCGGUGCUCUUCGUAUUGCCGGCGCUUUCCUCGAGCGGUUCUACCCUCACACCAAGACUGUGUACCUGCCCAACCCCUCAUGGGCGAACCACAAGGCCAUCUUCGGCGCCUGUGGACUGGAUGUGAAGAACUACAGCUACUACAACAAGGAAACUAUUGGCCUUGACAUUGAUGGACUCUUGAGUGAUAUCAAGGAUGCCCCCUCGAGCUCCAUCUUCCUUCUCCACGCUUGCGCGCACAACCCCACAGGCAUCGACCCCACUCCCGAGCAGUGGAGGGCCAUCAGCGAUGCCAUCAAGGCUGGCGGGCACUUCCCGUUGUUUGACAUGGCGUACCAGGGUUUCGCUUCGGGCGAUACCAACACCGAUGCGUAUGCGCUGCGUUACUUUGUGGAGCAGGGCCACCACGUUGCGCUGUGUCAAUCAUUCGCCAAGAACAUGGGUCUCUACGGCGAGCGUGUCGGCGCCUUCUCUAUCCUGGCUGAAUCCGCCGAGGAGAAGAAGCGCAUCGAUUCGCAGAUCAAGAUCCUCGUUCGUCCGAUGUACUCCAACCCUCCCGUACACGGAGCGCGCAUUGCGUCUGAAAUUCUCAACGACCAGGCCCUCAACAAGCAAUGGCUCGGGGAGGUCAAGGAGAUGGCCGACCGGAUCAUCACCAUGAGGGCGGUCCUGAAGAACAGCCUCGAGGAGCUUGGCAGCAAGCACGAUUGGUCCCACAUCACUUCCCAGAUUGGAAUGUUCGCCUACACUGGCUUGACGCCUGAGCAGGUUGACACUCUUGCCAAGAAGUACUCCGUCUAUGGAACCCGCGAUGGCCGCAUCUCGGUCGCCGGUAUCACCAGCGGAAACGUAAAGUACCUCGCCGAGUCCAUCCACAAGGUCACCCAAUAGACAGUCCACAGUCCAAGCGGACAUACUCCUCCCCUCUUAACGACGACGCCAUCAUUAUUUCUUCUUCUUCUUUCUCUUUCAUGAUUCCUCAUUCUUUUGUUUAAGCGGUUUCGGGUUUGGGAAUGGGAAAAAAAAUCUGUCUGUUCUUUUCUUCUUCUUUACUUCUGGUUUCUUCUUCUGGGUGUUUGUUUUUGGCGGCGACGGCGGCAGGGAUAGAAGCUAGAUGGAACCUGUAGCAGUGUAGCGUGUAUCUACAUACUCGAGCGUGUACUUUUAUCAUACAUAUGACAGCGGGCAGGUAGACGGAAAUAUAUGU